AAGAGCCUUCCGAAGGGCACGUACAGGAUGGCGAGCAUCAACGCGGCGGCGAACCACCAGGCGGUGCUCGUAGCGGUCGCACAGCACGGUUCGCUCGAUGACAUGGUCUUAGUGAGUCCUUCGCGAUCCUAUGUCGGGCAGCACGCGCUGACCAGGCGCGCCACUGGCUUCACGGUCCAAUGA